GGCGGGCAGCGGCGGCUCUGGCUGUGUGCGGGGACCGGGCGCACGUCGGUGCUGUGGUGGCGGCGGCGGCGGCGGCGCACGGACAGGUUUGGGUGAGCACAGCUCCCCCGCCUAACAGCUCCUGCCCCAGGCAGGAGUGGCCGUGCCGGGAGUAGACGCUGCCACCGCCCCCGACGCUCGGGUUUCCCCGUCUUCUUCCUGUGGCGGCGGCGGAGGCUGCUGCGCGGCGGGGUGAGGGCCGCCCUCCCCCGUCAACCGCGGCGGGCGGAGUGGUGGCAACAGCAGCAUGAGCGGUGGCGAUGCCGUCCCGAGCACAGCGACGAGGACACGCUUGGCAACGCAGUUGCUGGCGGUGCUCAGCUGCGUCUUGACAGCGAAGGCCCAGCUUGCAGGAGUCCUAGAUGAUUGCUUGUGUGACAUAGAAAGCAUCGAUGACUUCAAUACUUUCAAGAUCUUCCCCAAAAUACAGAAACUGCAAGAACGUGAUUACUUCAGAUAUUACAAGGUCAACCUGAAGAGACCAUGCCCAUUUUGGGCUGAUGAUGGCCAUUGUUCUAUCAAAGAUUGUCAUGUAGAGCCUUGUCCUGAGAGUAAAAUACCUGUUGGAAUCAAGGCUGGGAGCUCUAAUAAAUAUUCAAAAGCGGCAAAUAAUUCCAAAGAACUGGAAGACUGUGAGCAAGCUAACAAACUGGGAGCAGUUAACAGUACUUUGAGUAACCAAAGUAAGGAAGCUUUCAUUGACUGGGCAAGAUACGACGAUUCACAGGAUCAUUUUUGUGAACUCGAUGAUGAGAGAUCUCCAGAUGCGCAGUAUGUGGAUUUGCUGCUGAAUCCAGAACGUUACACUGGAUACAAGGGACCUUCUGCUUGGAGAGUGUGGAACAGCAUCUAUGAAGAAAACUGCUUCAAGCCUCGAUCUGUCUAUCGUCCUUUAAAUCCACUGGCGCCUAGUAGGGGAGGUGAUGAUGGAGAAUCUUUCUACACAUGGCUAGAAGGUCUUUGCCUUGAGAAAAGAGUGUUUUAUAAACUCAUUUCUGGACUUCAUGCUAGCAUCAACUUGCAUCUUUGUGCAAAUUAUCUUCUGGAAGAAACCUGGGGGAAGCCUCGCUGGGGACCGAACGUGAAGGAGUUCACUCGCCGGUUUGACCCCGUGGAAACAAAAGGAGAAGGACCAAGGAGGCUGAAAAAUCUCUAUUUCUUGUAUUUGAUAGAGCUGCGUGCUUUGUCAAAGGUUGCACCGUACUUUGAGCGUUCAGUUGUUGACCUUUACACUGGAAAUGGCCACGAAGAUGCUGAAUCUAAAGCUCUCUUACUAGAUAUAUUCAGGGAUACAAAGUCCUUCCGUAUGCACUUUGAUGAAAAGUCCAUGUUUGCUGGAGAUAAGAAAGGAGCCAAGUCAUUAAAGGAGGAAUUCAGACUGCAUUUCAAGAACAUAUCCCGCAUAAUGGAUUGUGUUGGAUGUGACAAAUGCAGGCUGUGGGGCAAACUGCAGACACAAGGCUUAGGAACUGCUCUGAAGAUCUUGUUUUCUGAGAAGGAAAUACAGAGCCUUCCUGAGAAUAGCCCAUCAAAAGGUUUUCAGCUCACACGUCAAGAAAUAGUUGCUCUUGUAAAUGCCUUUGGAAGGCUUUCCACGAGUAUAAGAGAAUUGCAGAAUUUUAAAGUUCUAUUACAACAAACUAGGUAAUGAAGGCCUUUGCACAACCCAUUAGUGAAGACCAUUUACAUGACUGCAUUGAGCAGAAGGAACAGAUCCUUUCAGGACUCACGUGAACUGAUAAAAAUCAAAACUGAAUACCAACUUGAAUAUUUAUGUUUAAACUAGGAAUGGUUAUUAAUUAGAAAAGAUAAUUUAUGAAUGAAAUUCAUAGUUUUAAGAUGUGUAAAUUAUGCUGAUCAGUUUAUUUUUGAAGUUCUCUGCUCACAGUUUUCUUGUACUAAAACUUCAUAAAUUUUAUUUCCUUGUCUUCCUGAGACAUCUGUUUUAUAUGAAAACAUAUGUACCUCCACCCUGACCUGGCUUCUCCUGAGACAGGCACUUCACCUUUUGCCUCUCCUGAGUAUGAGCUUCAGUAUACUCUUGAGAAUUGGGUAUGACAAUUCUGGAUAAAAGAAAGGAAAAAGGAAAGAGGAGAGGGAGAAACAAAAUAACAACAAAAAAAACAAAACAAAAAUAAACAAAAUAAAAAAACCCCAACAACCCAAAACCAGAAAAGAAGAUAAAGCUCUUGUGGAUUUCUGGCUUAUUACUGUAAUAAUUUUAAUUACUUAAAUCCAGGAAAUUUACAGAGCAGAAAAUUUUGUUUCAUACUGAGUUCCUUUGCAUCAUGCCAGUAUCAACCUUUUUCCCAUACGCGCUGCUUUUCAGAAUUUCCUUUGUUCUUUAAAUACUUUUUCUCUGCAGCACAGUUGAAGUGACUUUUCUGCAGCCCCUUGGCUAUCUGUGUUUGCUUGGGCAUGGGGCUGGAGUUGAGUGAGAUGGUUAGUGGCGUGCUGCUAGCUGACAAGCCAGGGUCAAUGAAGUUCACAUCUACCCUGCUUUGUUUUUGAGAUUGUAAUCAUGAGUUCAGUCUUCACAAAUUGUCUUUAACAUCUAAAAUGAUAAAAGAGCACACUUCAGCUGUGGAAAAAGAUUUGCUCUUUAUGGGUUAAUGUUUUAGUGCUAUGUUAAAAGGUCAGUACAAAAAGCAAGAGCUUGUUUUUGUAGUCACUUUUUGAAUAUGAUGCUUUUAAAAGUUCAUAACUACACUGACAUUUAAUACUGCAUACUCUAUCUAUGCAAUCCCUAACUGUACCUUCUUGAAAAGGAUAUUCAGCUUAAGAAAACGGGUAUGUUAAUAACAUAACUUCCAUGAAAUAGGAAAUUACACAUGUACCAUUGUCUACAAACGCCAAUGAUAACCUGACCAUCAUCCAAAAACCAGAAUUCAGAAACAGUGCUACUGAGGAGUAGCAACCAAAUGUUUGCUUUAAAUUCAAAAUGGAGUAAUUUCUUUUUUUUAAACCAGCAAGUUUCAAAGUGAAGUUAGAAGUCAUGAAUGUAUGAAGUGCUGGUACAGUGUAGAUACAUCACUUGUUUUUAAAACAAGUCUUCACAAAAUAAAGUGCUCUUAAACAUUUUUCACCCUACCAUACAUUUAGUGAGCUGUUUAUAUAACUGAUUGUAAGUGUAUUGGCUUCCUUAAUGUGGUCCUUUACAGCUGAGUUUUUCUGAGAGCUGGGAUAUGCUCUAUGUCCUUUAUUUUGAGAUUAGCCUAAAAUUUCUACCUGACUGUCAAUGACAUGGACUGUCUUGCUGACACUUGCUGUUAUAAAAAUUACUGUUUCUCAA